UAUUGUCACUUGCGAAGCGAAUAAAUUUGGCGAAGCGAACGGUUUGGCGAACACACCUAAAAUUUGCAUUGUGAGUGGCGAAUGAACUUUUUCGCCGGACAUGCGUCGUUGCCAUUCAAACAAACUAAAUGAGUUCAUCCUCAUUUGACGUUUCUGUCAUUUAUACUUCGAAUUCCUUGUUAUUACAAACUAAAAUUUGAAAAGCAAAAUGUUUUAUAACGUAGAUUUAUAUUUUGAGGAUAGUUAUAAUGUUGAACCGCGAGCUAACCUUCUUCGUCAGCGGCGUUUUAUUAGAGAUUACUCUAAUCCUAUGGAGCUGCCGUCCACAGUAUUUAUAGCGAAUUUUCGGCUAAGCAAGGACGCUUUUAUGUAUGUGCUGGACAAAAUCAAGGACAAAUUUAAUUGCCGCCUGUCCUCAUCUGUAACGCCAAUGCUAAAAUUGUGUUGCGCACUGAGAUUUUUUGCGCAUGGCAGUUAUCAGCAAGCUGUAGGAAAUGAAUUUCAAUUGGGUCUUGCGCAACCUACAGUUUCGCUCAUUUUAAAGGAGGUAUUGCCCAUUUUAGAAAGAGAAAUUUGCAGUGCUUCGAUAAUCACAGAAGUGACAGAAGAAGAGAAGCAACAGGCAAGGAGCAAAUUUUUCUCCAGAUCAGGAAUACCCAACGUAAUUGGCUGUGUUGACGGAACACAUAUUGCGAUUUAUGCCCCCACCGCAAAUAGACACCUCUAUCUAAAUAGAAAAGGCUUUUUUAGUAUAAAUGCUAUGAUUGCUUGCGAUCAUGACAUGAAUAUCCGGUUUGUGGAUGCUAGAUAUGCUGGUUCUACACAUGAUUCGUUCGUGUGGAACAAUAGUUCAUUAAAGACUUAUUUGGAGAAUAUGCAUCAAAGUGGCGAUCAUAACUCUAUUUAUUUAGGUGAUUCCGGAUACCCGCUUAGUCCUUAUUUACUAACAGCCGCCAUGCAGACUCUGGAACUAGGGAGUCAAUUAGAAACGUCGUUGAAC